AUGUAAAACUCAUAAAGUGAAUUGGGGCAACAUGAUCCAUGGUCAUUGUAUUUGCCAUAUGACAACAAAUAUGAGCUUUAAGGAUGUUGCUUCAAAACUAGACCUAAUUGGAGAGAUAUGAAAGGUAUCAAAACAUUAACAACAAGAUAGAACUAUUAUUACAAAUAUUUAAGAUCAUGAAUUACCAGAUAAUACAAUUAGAACCUGUAAAUAUACACUAUGGACAUUUCUACCUUUGAACUUAAUGGAAUAAUUUUCAAAAAUGGCAAAUAUUUAUUUUUUAAUUGUUGGAUAUUUGGAAACUAUAGAUUUAGUUUCAAUUACAGACGGUUAACCUGUUAUAUGGUUUCCAUUAUUUGUAGUCAUUGCAAUAUCAGCAUUCAAAGAUUUUUUAGAAGAUCAUAAACGUUAGAUUUCUGAUUAAGAUGAGAAUAAUCGGUAUUAAUUAUUAUAAUUUAAUUAAAAGUAUAGCAUUGGUGUUGACAUCUUACGGGUUGGUUGAAAAGAAAUGGUAACAAAUUUUGGUAGGAGACAUUAUUAGAAUUGAAUAAGGAGAAUAUUUUCCUGCAGAUGUAAUAGUAAUCAAAACAAGUUAAAAAGGAACAUGUUUCAUUGAAACUAAAAAUCUAGAUGGAGAAACUAACCUUAAAAUCAAAAAAUAACAUAAAGGUCUUUAAUUCACAAGAGGUUUAAAUGAUCAUCUGUUACAAAAAGAGCAUAUCUUAGUCCAUUAUGAUAAACCUAAUCCAUAUUUGUAUAAAUUUAAUGGUACAAUUACAAUGCCUCCUGAUCAUUAUAGUGAUGGAGAUUAAUCAAGAGAUUCGAUUAUUAAUUAUGAUGCAUUACAUAGAAAAGUUUAUUAAUUGGAUGAAGUUAAUUUUAUUCUUAGAGGAUGUUCAUUGAGAAACACACAUUGGAUUUAUGGAUUAGUUGUUUAUACAGGAUUUGAUACUAAGAUCAUGUUAAAUUCAACAAAAGCCAGACCUAAGUCAAGUACUUUAGAAUCAUAAAUGAAUUUCUUUAUUAUUCUAGUAUUUUUUAUGUAAAAUUAUAUCAUAUUAAAAUAGAUAAUUAGUAAUUUGUUUAUUCUCAGCAUAAUAUUCAGUUUUUUGGUAAUUAGAUAAUUUUAUGGAUAUUCCUUAUUUGGAAUUAGAUGAGAAUGAUCUUUAAACAAAUAUAGUAUUUAGAACAAUGGAGAGAUGGGGAACUUGGUUAUUGAUUUAUACUAAUUUUGUUCCAAUAUCUUUAUUAGUGACUCUAGAAAUGGUAUGAAAAUAAUUUGGUAUCUAGUGUAGGUUAAAUAUUUACAAGGUAUGAUGAUAGAAAAUGAUAAAUAGUGUAAGUCAUAAAAUCAUAGAACUGAAGUAUAAACUUCAAAUCUUAAUGAAGAAUUAGGUAAUGUAAAAUAUAUGUUUACUGAUAAAACUGGAACUAUAACAAAGAAUUUAAUGGAAUUUAAAAUGAUAUCCAUUUAUGGUAAAUCAUAUGGAAAUUUAAGCAAUAGAAGUUAAAUAUUAACCAAUGAAGAUUUAAUAAAAAUGCCUUAAGUAACAAAUGUAGAUUUUAAAGAUAAACAACUCUUCAAUGAUUUAAAUUAAAAUGAUGAACAUUCUACAAGAAUAGUAGAAUACUUUAUGCAUCUAACGUUAUGUCACACAAUAUUGGUGGAAUAUGAGUAGGGCAAAAUUAAGUAUAAUGCAUCUUCACCAGAUGAAUUAGCACUACUUAUGGGAGCUAAGUUUUGUGGAUUUGAGUAUAUUGGAUUAGAUGAUGGAAUGAUGAUUGUUAAGUAUAAAGAUUAGUUGAUAAAAUAUAAGUUAUUAUAAGUAUUAGAGUUUAGUUCAUCAAGAAAGAGAAUGUCUGUUAUUGUUUAAGAUUAAAAUGAUUAAAUUAUGUUAUUAUGUAAAGGAGCUGAUUCAAUGAUAAUAAAUUUAAUUGAUAAAUAAAAUAGAUAAAAUUAAGAGUUAUUAUCUAUCACAGAAUAACAUUUAGAGUAAUAUGCUGAAAAGGGAUUAAGAACUUUAUUGUUAGCCUAUAAAGAUUUGAGUAAAUAAUAAUAUGAUGAAUGGAUAAGUAAUUAUUUGUAAGCAGGUUUGUAGACUAUUAAUAGAGAUGAAUAAUUGUUAAAUUUACAAGAUUAAAUAGAAAACAACUUAGUUUUAAUUGGAGGAACUGGAAUUGAGGAUAAAUUAUAAGAUGAUGUUGGUAAUACAAUGUAGAAGAUAUUGAAUGCAGGUAUUAAAAUAUGGGUAUUGACAGGUGAUAAAUUAGAAACUGCUAUAAAUAUUAGUUAUGCUUGUAAUUUGUUAAAUGAUUCAUAAUAAAAAAUUGUAAUUUAAGCAGAUGAUUAAUUUGAAGCAUAAUUUAAAAUUAAUUAAGGUUUAGAUUUAUUAAAAUCUUAAUUCUAAAAUAAUUCAACUGCAUUAAUCAUUUCAGGUGAUUCAUUAAUACAUUUAGAUGAAAAGUAUUAAAUUAAACUUAUUGAUUUGGCUAAAUAAUGUCAUACUGUUUUAGCUUGUAGAGUAUCACCUAAAUAAAAAUAAGAAUUAGUGUAAUUGGUUAAAGAUAAUAUAUAUAAUAUAGUGACUAUGGCUGUAGGUGAUGGAGCUNUAGUGUAAGUCAUAAAAUCAUAGAACUGAAGUAUAAACUUCAAAUCUUAAUGAAGAAUUAGGUAAUGUAAAAUAUAUGUUUACUGAUAAAACUGGAACUAUAACAAAGAAUUUAAUGGAAUUUAAAAUGAUAUCCAUUUAUGGUAAAUCAUAUGGAAAUUUAAGCAAUAGAAGUUAAAUAUUAACCAAUGAAGAUUUAAUAAAAAUGCCUUAAGUAACAAAUGUAGAUUUUAAAGAUAAACAACUCUUCAAUGAUUUAAAUUAAAAUGAUGAACAUUCUACAAGAAUAGUAGAAUACUUUAUGCAUCUAACGUUAUGUCACACAAUAUUGGUGGAAUAUGAGUAGGGCAAAAUUAAGUAUAAUGCAUCUUCACCAGAUGAAUUAGCACUACUUAUGGGAGCUAAGUUUUGUGGAUUUGAGUAUAUUGGAUUAGAUGAUGGAAUGAUGAUUGUUAAGUAUAAAGAUUAGUUGAUAAAAUAUAAGUUAUUAUAAGUAUUAGAGUUUAGUUCAUCAAGAAAGAGAAUGUCUGUUAUUGUUUAAGAUUAAAAUGAUUAAAUUAUGUUAUUAUGUAAAGGAGCUGAUUCAAUGAUAAUAAAUUUAAUUGAUAAAUAAAAUAGAUAAAAUUAAGAGUUAUUAUCUAUCACAGAAUAACAUUUAGAGUAAUAUGCUGAAAAGGGAUUAAGAACUUUAUUGUUAGCCUAUAAAGAUUUGAGUAAAUAAUAAUAUGAUGAAUGGAUAAGUAAUUAUUUGUAAGCAGGUUUGUAGACUAUUAAUAGAGAUGAAUAAUUGUUAAAUUUACAAGAUUAAAUAGAAAACAACUUAGUUUUAAUUGGAGGAACUGGAAUUGAGGAUAAAUUAUAAGAUGAUGUUGGUAAUACAAUGUAGAAGAUAUUGAAUGCAGGUAUUAAAAUAUGGGUAUUGACAGGUGAUAAAUUAGAAACUGCUAUAAAUAUUAGUUAUGCUUGUAAUUUGUUAAAUGAUUCAUAAUAAAAAAUUGUAAUUUAAGCAGAUGAUUAAUUUGAAGCAUAAUUUAAAAUUAAUUAAGGUUUAGAUUUAUUAAAAUCUUAAUUCUAAAAUAAUUCAACUGCAUUAAUCAUUUCAGGUGAUUCAUUAAUACAUUUAGAUGAAAAGUAUUAAAUUAAACUUAUUGAUUUGGCUAAAUAAUGUCAUACUGUUUUAGCUUGUAGAGUAUCACCUAAAUAAAAAUAAGAAUUAGUGUAAUUGGUUAAAGAUAAUAUAUAUAAUAUAGUGACUAUGGCUGUAGGUGAUGGAGCUAAUGAUGUAAAUAUGAUAACAGCAGCUAAUAUUGGAAUAGGUAUCAAAGGUGUAGAAGGUAAUUAAGCAGCAAGAGCAGCAGAUUAUUCAAUUGGUGAAUUUAAAAUAUUACAAUAAUUGUUACUCUAUCAUGGAAGAGAAUGUUAUAGAAGAAAUCAAGUAUUAGUAGGAUAUAACUUUUAUAAAAAUCUACUUAUUGUAUUACCACACUUUUGGUUUUCAUUUUACAAUGGAUUUUCACCUCUUAAUUUAUAUGAUCCUUGGCUUUAUCAAUUUUAUAAUAUGUUUUAUACAAGUGUACCUAUUAUGGUUUAUGCAAUUCUAGAUUAAUAAUAUUCAUCUAAAUUUCUAUUAUAAAGUAUUCUAUUUAUAUAUUAUACAUAGAUCCAUAAUUAUAUUAAACUAAUAAUAAAGUAACAUUGCUUACUUUCUUUUUUUGGUUUUGUUCUGGUGGUAUAUAAUCAGCCAUAGUUAUUUAUGCAGUAUUUCCAUCUAUGGUAUAAACAAGUAUAGAUAAAGAAGGAAGAAUCCUCUUUCUUUCAUCAGUAGGUAUGGCUGUAUUCUGUUAUGCCAUCAUUAUAGUAAAUCUUAAAGUCUUUGUCUUUUCUUAUAUCAAUUCUAUAGGAUCUGUACUAUUUAUAUUUGGAUCUAUAUUUAUGUAUCUGUUAACCUAUAUGAUACUAUCAUAAUUCACAAACAAAUUGGAUGUUUCACAUACAUUCAUUCAUUUAUUUUCAAAUAUUUAAUUUUACUUUAUUUUGAGUGGAAUAUUAGUUUUAACAAUUCUUUUUGAUUUAGCAUUAUAAAGAUGGUCAAUAUUUUCGGAAUAAUAAUUAUUUGAAAUCCAAAAAAUUAGGGAUAUAUAAGAACCUGUUUCAUCAUAAAAGUCAAGAUUUGGAAGUACUCCUCCUUCAUCAUUGAUGCCACCUGAUAAAUUUGAAAAUCUAUUCUAAGAAGAUGAUGUAUAUGAUGAUACAUCAGCUCUUCUCCCAGUUAGACCAGUUAGAAAUAGAAAAUAUACUGGUUAUGCCUUUGCUUAAUAAGAAAAGAAACUUGAUGAAGCUCUUAGGAAUGCAGAAAAUUGA